UAUAAAACACAACCCUCCAGGAAGUGAGAGUCAAACGAUUAGUUUAAUGACACAGCAGAGGAGCACAGCAGCACACACACACACACACACACACACACAGCAACACCAUCAGCCAGGAAGACCAGCACCGGCCAACAGUGAGCAGAUAUGCAUCUUUGGCAUCUUUUUCUGCGUCGUUGUUGUUGUUGUUGUUGCCAUUCCCAAACUCAGGACGAAGAAGGUCAACCAUCUAAGAGGAAAAAAUCCAGCACAAAAAGCGAGCAUGAGCUCCCAAAGCUCCCAAAGCUGCCGAGGGCCGGCCAAACAAAUACCGGCUAUGAUUCAGAUUAUGAUGGAAAUGCUGAAAUUAUUAGAGUGAUAAAGAAUAACAGGAUGAAAGAGGAAGAGCCGACUAGAAACAAUGCACAGACCGUCACCAGUCAACCGUCAAGACAUAAGGAGAGUAGAGACAAUCUGAACAAACUCCCACGGCUGCCCAGAGUUGGCCAAACUAAUAAUGGCUAUGUUUCAGAUGAUGACGGCAAUGCUGAAACCUUCAGAGUGAAAUAUAAAAAUAUGGUUAUAGAAGAAGAGCCGACUAGAAGGAAUGCACAGAUCGACACCAGUCAACUGUCUAAACCGAAGGAUAGUAGAGACAAUCUGAACAAACUGAUCAAACCUCAGUCCAGCAGGAAACUAUUUCAGGAACUCAUCGCUAACACGGACUUCAGCAGGGUGGACACAUAUGUAAUCAAUGCUGGGAAAGAGCUGAAGCGCAAGAAGAUCUACUCAGUGGAGACUAUUGCUCAGACUAUCAUUAAUGGAACGACGAAUGAUUUAGAAAGAUUACGUGCAGUCUGGAUCUGGCUUUGUGACAACAUUGAGUAUGAUGUCGAAGGAUUUCUGGGUAUCACUAAGAAAGUGUAUUCUCCCGAUGACGUCAUCAGGACGGGUAAAGCAAUCUGCAGUGGAUACGCCGGUGUCUGCUUACAACUCUGCAAUGUGGUGGACAUUGAAUGCAGGGAGGUGAGCGGCUAUGGAAAAGGCAUUGGAUAUGAACCUGGUCAGAAGUGCCAGGGAACCAAUCACGCUUGGAAUGCAGUGAACCUCGGGGGACACUGGCACCUACUGGAUUCAUGCUGGGGGGCUGGAACUAGCGACAUGGACCAGAGAGUCUUCAAUAAGUGCUAUAAUGAAUUCUACUUUCUGACCGACCCAGAGAAAUUCAUUAAUGACCACUAUCCAGCGGAGGAGAAGUGGCAGCUGCUGGAGAGACCCGUAAGCCUGAAAGAGUUUGAAAAAAGAGUGUCUAAAUCUGCUCAGUUCUACCGUUUAGGGUUAACACUCAUCCACCCUAAACAGUGCUCACUGGAUACAGAGAAUGGUGAGGCUACAAUAUCAAUGGGACUUUCUGAGCCGGCGGACUUCACCUACACAAUCUAUCAGUGCAAUGGUUCUAAAAAGACGGAGCUGAGCAUAUCUCGAGGACUGCUGACCAUCACUAAGUCCAGCAUGAAGCUCCGAGUGAUUCCUCCUACCGCAGGGUCGUUUGAAGUCGAGCUUUUUGCACGCGCAGCGGGCGUCGCAGGGUCGUACAGUCACCUGUGCUCGUUUCUGCUGAAGUGUGCUAAACCCAAGCCUUUUGAGGAUCUUCCAGAAAACCCUUCCCUGUGCUGGGGGAUCAGUCCAGAUGGUUAUGCUCGGGGGCUCAGGUCCUGUGAGUACGGAGGUGAAGUUAUUGAGCUGAGGUCCGGGAGGUUUGAACUGGUUCUGCAGACGGCUCGGCCACUUAGGGUGAUCUGUAGCCUCAGUCAUAAGGACUUGGACGGGACUCUGGCUAAGAGAUGUGUGGCUUCACAAGCAGAGGCAGAUAAACUUACUUGUUCUGUCCUCUGUCCUUACACUGGUUACUACACACUGUCUGUGUACGUCAGGGACUAUGAGAGUGGUAAUGGUAACCAUAAAAGUGCUGCUAGCUUUCUCCUUCAUUGCACCAGCAACCCAGUCAAUCUCAACGAGCUUUUCCCACCUGAUCUGAGCAGCAAAUGUGGGCCUGGACUCACCACCACUGAGGCUGGUCUUUCCCAGUUUAGCCACACAGGGGCAAUAGUGACCGCACAGCAGGGCAAGUGCAACAUCACCUUCCAGAACCAGCAAGAUAUAUCAUUACAUGCCGUUUUGUCCAAAGAACAGCGCAAGCUUUCCACAUACCCUCUAUCACGCUACAGCUUUGUAAACUACGAUGGCAGCAUGGUGACCAUCAGCAUUGCUUUGCCAGAGCCGGGUUCCUACCUGUUGCAUCUCUUUGGCAACAGCACACACCUUUGUGACUUUAUCAUCCAGAACAGUUCAGACAUUUCCUGUCCUCCUUUCCCCGGUACCUACUCAACCUGGGAGAAGGGCGGGGUUCUGCUGGAGCCUCAGUCCGGCCUGCUGGAGCCUCUGUCCUGGGUCCGGAUCCGUGUGAAGGUCGCCGGGGUCUACAGUGUUCAUGCUAAGGCUGAAGAGACGGUAGACCUGGAGCUCAAUAACAGACAAGAGUGGGAAGGGAAAGUGUUCACGGGAAAAGCGGCACAAGUACAACUUAUGGUCCGCGAGAACGAAAACUCCGUACAGAGGAUGGUCCUGAUGUACUUUGACGUGUUGAAACCCCAAAAAUAAAAUGUGAGAACAAAACAAGUAAGCGUUUACAUACAGUCAAACAGGGCUUUGUUUCCCAAAAGCAUAGUUUCUAACUACCCGAGCAACUUACAUGGUUGGAACAAUUGCA